ACAUCUUUCUGGCUCCCUCCUGCAGCUGCUCCCUUCUCGGCCCCUAUCUUCGAAUCACUGAAUUGCCCCUCCCUCCACCACAAUGGCCCCACUUCGUAUCGCCGUCCUUGAAUGCGACACCCCGGUUGAAAAAGUAAACAUCAAGUAUGGAGGCUAUCGCGGCGUUUUCUCACUGCUGCUCCGUGAAAGUGCCGCAGCUCUAGGCCAAUCCGAAAAGCUAGACCCUGAGACUGGUCUGGAAAUCUCAGGGUGGGACGUCGUGACUGCUCAAGAGUACCCUAACCUGGAGGAUGUAGAUGCGAUUGUUUUGUCUGGGUCAAAACACGAUUCGUUUGAGGACCACCCAUGGAUUCUCAAAUUGGUGGAAUACACCAAGAAAGCUUUUGAGGACAAGCGGGUCAAGAUUUUUGCAAUCUGCUUCGGACAUCAGAUCAUGGCACGUGCCCUUGGCGCCAGGGUUGGCCGUAACACUGCAGGAUGGGAGCUUGCAGUCUGUGAGGUGGACUUGACUGAGACCGGGAAGCAGCUGUUCGGGAGGGAUAAGCUUCGCAUCCAUCAGAUGCACCAAGAUGUCGCCUACGGAUACCCGUCGGAGGUUGUUUCCCUGGGCGCAUCGCCAAAGUGCGCAGUGCAAGGCAUGUAUGUCCCCGGAAAAUUGAUCACUGUCCAGGGCCACCCUGAGUUCAGAGGAGACAUUAUGACGGAACUUAUCACUCUGCGAACUGCGACUGGCCUUUUCUCGAAAGAACAAUCAGAAGAUGCUCUGGGUCGCGCUGGUAUCCCACAUGACGGGAUUGCUAUUACCAUGGCGUUCCUGAAGUUCUUCCUUGAAUAGAGUAGCCAUCCAAUUAAAUAGACUGGGAAGAGUGCAGGCUGGUUAACGAUGACUUCAACUCCAAUAGCUAUGCGCGAAACACAUAUAGAGAAUCAAGAUUGGAUAUCCUAUCCAUUAAAAUGAUGCAAAUGGUUAGAACCUCCAACCAAGCGCGUCUAGCCAAAUGACCGUAACGAUGGUAUAGAGCAACCAAAAGUUGG